AUGAUCGAUUUUGUCCUCAUCUUGGCGAUCAAGCUGGGUCUAUACCUCUCGGCUCGAGCCGCUCUUCCCUUUCUCUUUGGACAGGCAAGGCACGCCUCGUUGGACGUCAGCACAAAGUCCACUGCCACUCUACCGGCACCAGCGACCGCACACACAAUGUCGAAUACGGCUCCGUUCCACACCGACUCGAUUCACGACGACGAGGAUGACGACAGUGGACGCACCGCUACGGACAGAUCACCGUUCCUCGCCUUUAACAAAGGAUCUGCGCUACCCUCAUGGCCUCAGUUGACGGCCUCGUUCCUGGCACCUGUCCGCAUUCGCAACUCGCAGGGAAACCUAGAUCUUGCCAGCCUGGCAGCGCUCCUGUUUUCUCUUGCCUUUGCCGAGUCUGCAUCCCUCUUCGUCGCCGUUCUGCUCGAGACGGCAGGCUUUUCCACAGGCAAUGGAACCACACUGCGAAAGGUGUGGCGCUUUGAUCUAGCGGCCGUACAGGCUCUUGCGAUCGUCUUGAUCCCCCUUGCAGUAUGCCUACUAUUCACCUAUCGCAGUAACGCUUCUACACCUCUGCCUCGCCGCAUCGUCUACCUGCUCUUUCCUUUCGUGCCGUGGCUCGUGCUCUUCUUCAAGGUGCCCCUUCCCGCUGCAUUGCUGGACAAAAGCAGUGGCGCCGGCAUCUCGGACGGCCUCAUGGCCAGAACCGCUGUCAUAGGCGUCACCUUCAUCGCCGUACUGUCAGGCUCAGCAGCUCUUCAAGCUGCUUGGGAGGCAGUCGAACACUUUCGAGGAAAGCAACAACGCGCGCCUUCGCCCAGCGACGUUCGCUUGGCGCAAGAGUCGUUCAACAGGACGUGUUCCGACCUUGCAUCCAGGAAGGCGGAUCUGGCGCGGCUCGAAGGCGACACUUCGGAUCGUAUUCAGGAUGGCUGGACCGUCGCGAGUCUGUGGGGUGGCGAUAGUCGGUCUCGAGAGAUCAAGUCGCUCAAAUCGGAGAUCUUUGGGCUUUCAUCCAUUGCAACCGCUAUGCGCGAUGACCUGGAUCGCAUGACUUCUUUGCAGCAUCAGGAGCAGCUCGGCUCAACGCUGAUAGGCAAGCUGUGGAUCCUCGUCGGCUGGUUGUGGGCGGCCUACUGCGCGUUCCGCAUCGCCAUAUCGCUGCUCAACCUGCUCAUUUUGGGGUACAGGGACACUGCGCCGCCGGACUUUAUCUCGCUGUCGCUGGCAUAUCUGAUCCGCAUCUUUGACGUCAAUUUAGAUGUCGCCGCGUGGACCAAGCAGGUCUCGUUGCUGUUUGUCGGCGUGCUCAUCUGGGCGAGAAUCGGCAGCGUUCUCAGCUACCUCGGCUCCGCGUUCCGUGCCGCGGGCACCGGCGUCUCCAGCUCCUUCCUCGUCCUCUUCCUCGCUGAGAUCAUGACCAUCUACCUGCUGGCCACCUUGAUCCAACUUCGAUCCUCGUUGCCGGCAUCGGUGGUGCCGCCGUCCGCCAGGGCGCUACAGGACGUACCGGCCCCGCCUUUGCUGGCUACCCUGCCCAGCUUCCAGGUUGUGUUCGGCAGUCUGUUUGAUUCGGCGUUUUUGCUCGCUGCCGCGGUCACGGCGAUUUGGAAGUAUUUCAUGUAUAUGCAGCGCACGUCAUCCGGCGAUGGUGGCGCGCUCUUCGGUGGAAGACAGUGA